AAGACCAGGAACAGGAGGAAUGGGAUGAAGAAGAGCAAGCUGAGAAGAAUAAUGAUGUUCAUGGUGGUACGUUGUUGUUUCCAUGGGUCAAGCAUUCACACAUGCGUGGAUGGACUUGGUGGAUUGCGCUGCUUAGUCAUUAGCGCCUCCUUAGCCUCGAACAGCAAAAUCACAUUAUCGAACCUAUUCAUUGCUCCUGCUCUUGAACACUUCCGCCAUGACUCCAUGCAAGGCGAGGAGCAAUGGGUUCGGUAACAGAACCAUUCCCCAUAUCUCGUAUCGCGGGUCGCUAUCUGCUGUUUGACAUCGAUGUCAUCAGCUAUGCACGUCGCACACACAACACAUGCGGUGUCUUGAUUGGCACACUGCCUAAUCUGUCCCAGCAGAAUGUCUUCCUAGGCAUUCCCCUGGAGCUCAUGCCCGAAGAGGCGCGUGUUCUGAUAGAACGAGGACAUGCAUACAUUGUCGACGAUGAGGAGACCCACAGGAAAGGGUUCCUUCAGAUGAGUCGGGAAGAUAGGCUAGCAUAUCUCCAAUACAUGGACGAGCUGGGCCUGGAAGCGUCCAUGGAGUCAAAGAGGAAGCUCGAGGAAAGGGCAGCGAAAGCAUUGAAAGGGAAAGACCUCUCCUCCAGCCUGAAGCAGAAACAUGCAGGCCCUGCUCCUUCAGAAGCGACCUCGAACGGUGAUGAGGAGUCUCUCUUCGACUCAUCUGAGCCGGGCGUACAGCCUAAGGCGUCGCAGUCCAACUUGAUCCCACAUUUCAUUACGCCUGCCACAUCAUACCCUCCUCUUUCUCACCCGCCCGUAGACCGCGGACUGCCCCUUCCUGAAGUCCCUCGCAGUUACCCACUAUUUCGAUAUAUGCAUUCGAAAGGGUACUUUUCAACGCCUGGUCUGCGUUUUGGUUGCCAUUAUACAAUCUAUCCCGGAGAUCCACUCCGCUUCCAUAGCCAUUUCCUUGCCACCGGUCUGGACUGGGAUGAAGAGUUCGACUUGCUUGAUGUCAUUGGCGGCGGACGACUUGGGACUGGUGUGAAGAAGAGUUAUCUCUUAGGUGGAGAGGACCCGACUGCAGACGCCGUCACGGAGCAGAGUGACAAUGGGGCAAGCGUAGAAGUCAGGCCAGUUCGGACGUUUUCGAUUGAAUGGGCGGGAAUGUAAAGAGGCCUCGGCGGAAAUCUUGUUUACGUGGACGUAACUCUCAAUGCA